AGACCGAAAUUUUGAUUGAUUUUUGUAUACAUUUUGAUUGAUUUUAUUAUUUUAUCAGUGAAUUUAUUCCAAAUAAGAACAGAACAUGGCGUUACCAGAAGCUCAGCCAGCAGAGAUACUGAGGUCUUGGCAAAAGGAUGAUUUAUAUGAAAAACAACUAGCAGGAUCGUUAAGCAAACUUAUUCCUUCGCAUGCUCCCAAAGCUGGUGCAAUAUCUUCCUUGCUAUAUAAAUCAUUCACUACAUUAAAAGAUUUGCAGACUUUAGGCGAAGAAUAUUCAGGGAUUGUACAAGUCGAUGAAACCUAUCAUAGGUUACCUACAUUUAGUAAUCGUUUGUUUAGUAUUUUGUUAUCAGCAUUUGGUGAAAAUUUGACAAGAAAAUGUAUAUCACAUGUAACGAAACAGGUAGAACAAAACGCGUCGCUGAAACCGGAAGCACAGAAUGCCAUUAUAGUGGUACUAAAAACUUUGGGCAAUGUUGUACCACAAAUUGAGAGUAUUCACAGGGCACUCUCUUACAUGUAUGGCGGUCCAUUACAAGUCGGUAAAACUGUGACGGGAAUAAACUAUGUACAUGUAAGGCCAGCAGCUCCGGCUUAUUAUGCACAUUUAAGACUUCUCGGACUAGUCACUUUACUCCAUGCUAUCAUAUCUUGUGGUCAAAGUUUUUAUCAGGCAAAAAAACAAAUGGACGAAAUGUCAGACUUUCCCAAUGAAGUAGAUAGUAGCAAGUCCUGUGUAGCUUGUUUAGAGGAAAUACUGCAUCCAUGUGUAUUAGAGUGUGGCCAUUUAUUUUGUAUGCAGUGUUGUUAUGGUGUCUUGGAGAGUUGUGCACUUUGCAGGACUCCUUUUACCAAGAAUACUGUGGUACCUCUGAUGAAUUAUAAGCCUUGAUGAAUAUAAAUUGUUUGUUAAAUGAUAUUAUAUUCUAACAAUUAUUGUCUUGGUUCUAUUUGAAGUAUAUUACUAGCACAUCUUAACCCGUCCAUUGUGGGUUAAUGCAGUGUUUCCCAACCUUUUUCAGCCACAGACCGUUUCAGUUUCAGUACAGUUUUCACGACCCACAUAAUGAAAUAUACAGCAAAAAAAUUGCAUUACGUAUGGUCCAGAGAUGACACCAUACAAUAUACUCAUGGACCGGCAGGGGUCCACAGGCAACAGGUUGCGAAACACUGGUGUUAAAGGAUCUAAUUAUGUUGCAUUUUUCAAAGGUCUUAACUUUUAGUUCUAAUUUUAUUAUGAUUAUAGUACUCCUUAUUGUUAUUUCAUUAAAUUUGGAGUGCCUAUGGCAUCCAAAUUUAAUAAAUAAGGAUGUUUUGGAUACUUACAGAAAUAGUUUCUCUGAGUGUGGUGAAGACAUGAAUCAUGAUCCAUGGAGGAUAGUUGUUAAGUAUAAACAUAGCUGGCUGUGAACACCGUGAUUAAAGAUAUAAAAUAUACAUUUACAUUAUAACAAUGUAUAAAGAUAUUUUUAGCUUACAUAAAUAAAACUAAUCAAUAAUAAUAAAUCAAAUAUAUUAGUCCAUAAAACAAGCAUAACAUAAAACAUGUAUGAGAUUCAGGAUGUAAAAUUGUUGUCACUUGCAUUCCAAGUUAAAUACCCUUUUAUUUUUUGUACAUUAU